CAUUGGGACUUUGGGAGUGCGACAAAAGCAAAUCCAAAUCUCCUAAGGGUUUUAGAUCUUUUCCUCUUCCGCCUCUCAUACGAAAAGAGAGAGAGAUCCAAAUCCCUCUCGUUUUUUUUUUCCUUCCUCUCGUUCUUUAGUUUUCCUCUCUCGAUCUAGGUCUAGGUCUAGGUCUGGUAAUUUUCCAUCUAGGGUUUCGGCGAUUGUUGUGGUAUUGAGAUUUCGAUUGCGAUUUGGAUAGUGUAGGUGAUUAUAAUAUGUACAACGGAAUAGGGUUACAGACUCCGAGAGGGUCCGGAACCAAUGGCUAUAUCCAGACGAACAAGUUCUUCAUCAAAUCCAAGACUGGCAAGGUCGCCGAGAACUCCAGAGGCUUCGAGGGCGACCAGGGCAUGGCCGGCGUCUCCAAGAAGCCCAACAGAGACAUCCUUGAGCAUGAUCGCAAGCGCCAGAUUGAGCUCAAGCUUGUCGUCCUCGAGGACAAGCUCACCGAUCAGGGUUUCACCGACGCUGAGAUUGCUGACAAGCUCGCCCAGGCCAGGAGCACUCUCGAAGCCGCCGCCGCCUCCGAGGACAUGGGUGGACCCACUGCCUUUGUUCUUGGAGAUAACAAGGUUUCAGAUACACAGACCCACCAAAUUGCUGCGAGGAAGCAGAAGCAGAUGGACAACUUAAGAGAUGCUUUGAAACUAAAACCUGAAGCUACAGAAACAAAUACUGAGGAGAUCGAGGAUGGACUAAUCAUUAGUCCGAAGAAUGAUGAUAGCAGGCAUUAUGAGAGGAAAGAGCAUUCGUUUUUGGACAGAGAAUCUGGGUGGAAGAAAUCUGUGGAGGAUCAGCACAAGGUCGAGAAAGAUAAGAAAAAGAGGGUUAAAGAAUCUAGGAGGAACAAAAAGAAAGAAAGUAGGAAGAGAAGGCAUAAGGAUGAUUCUUCCGAUACAGAUAGCAGUGGUAGCCCUCUGAAACCUGAUAAAAAGAAAAAGCGUCGGAGUAGAAGUAGCAGCAGUGAAGAAGAUGAUUCUGAAGUUGAUACAUCGAAAAAGGAAGUUGAGAAAUACAAAAAACGGCAGAAGAGGUACGAUUCAGAAGAAGAUGAUUCUGAAGUUGAUGUUGACAAGAAGCGGAAGGUUGUAAAGAAGCAUAGUAAAAGCCGAAACAAUAACACUGAUGAUUCUGAUACCAGUGAUGAUGCGGAGGUCAGAUCCAGGAAGGAAAUUAAGAAAUCCAAACAACCUCGUAGGAGGCAUGAUUCAGAUGAAGAUGAUUCUGAAGAUGAUGUUGACAAGAAGAGGAAGGUUGUGAUGAAGCAUAGUAAGACUAGAAACGAUGAUACUGAUGAUUCUGCUUCCAGUGAAGAUGCCGAGGAUAGAUCCACAAAGGAAGUCAAGAAAUCCAAACAACCUCAUAGGAGGCAUGAUUCAGAUGAAGAUGAUUCUGAAGAUGAUGUUGACAAGAAGAGGAAGGUUGUAAAGAAGCAUAGUAAAAGCAGAAACGAUGAUACUGAUGAUUCUGCUGCCAGUGAAGAUGCCGAGGAUAGAUCCACAAAGGAAGUCAAGAAAUUCCAACAACCUCGUAGGAGGCAUGAUUCAGAUGAUGAUUCUGGUUAUCCUGAAGAACUGCCAAAGAGCAGAACUGAAAAGGGCAAACAACAUGUGAAACCAAACAAAAGGCAUGACUCUGGGGAUGAGUCUGAUUUUGACAGCAGAAUGGAAAGGAAAAGUAGCCAAGUUGAGCAGCAAAGGAAUCAGCAGGUCAGCCGCAGGGUAGAUCAAGAUGAUUUUGAUUUUAAUGUGGAGAAAGCCGACAAUGGAAAAAGCAGAAAAUUGUAUGAUAGUGAUUCUGACUAUGAAAGAUCCAGAAAAAGUAGAGGUGCAAUGACAGAAAAGAGUAGAAGAAGUGGCAGGAAUGAUACUAAUGGUGAUGAUACUAAUAUUGGGAGGAAACCUGGAAGGGUUGAAGAGGGUGAUGGAGGACGUGGAAGGCACAACAAGGGUGAAAUGCAAAGAGGAAGGAAGAAUGAAAGAGAUGAAGAGGAUCAUGAUUAUAGAAGGCCCAGGGAAGGUCUAUUACGGGAGCUUGGAAAUAGAAAGCGUGGUACUAGGGAGGAAGAAGGGGCAAAUGAGGAUAUUGAGAGGGAUAGACAUAUGGAUCUAUUACGGGAGCUUGGAAAUAGAAAGCGUGGUACUAGGGAGGAAGAAGGGGCAAAUGAGGAUAUUGAGAGGGAUAGACAUAUGGAUUACAAGAGAGCAAAAUACGAUGAGUCCAGAUCAAGUGAGAGGAGAAGGCAUGAAACUGACAGACAUAAUGAAGAGGAGCAUAAGUCUAGAAGGCAUGGAGAAGAUGAAGGGGAGCGUAGAAACAGAAGACAUGGAAAACUGGAGGAACAACAGGGAAAUAAGGAGAUUGAGAGAGAUAGACAGGAUUCCAGAUCAAGUGAGAGAAGAAGGUAUGAGAAUGUCAAGCACAAUGACGGUCGGUCCAGGCAUCGUGACUGAUUCUAUGUUGUUUCAGGUUACCUCAAAGCUUUUGUAACUGAAUCAAAUCGUGUACUGUUGAGAGCUGCACUUUGUGCCCCUGGUGACAGAGAUGGAGUUGUGGAUGACUGUAUCGUUGGCAUAUUGAAUUCUACUGUGUAUCUUGGGUCUGUACGAGAUCAUGUACUACAGUUUAAAAUCACAUUGUGUGAGGUGGUCUUUUAAUAUUUUUUUCGGCCAUCUGAUCUAGGCCUGGAAUGCGUUGAUAACUAUAAUUUGUAUGAGUAAUUGAUGAAUCACAGACGCUGGAGAUUAUGUAUUAGUUUGUUUUGUUUGUUAGAUUGCCGAGGAGAAUUAUCUUC